GAGCAAGCAGCCCGGAGUGAGCAGUAUUACUACCGGAGCCCCUCUUUUCUGGGCAAGCCUUUUUGGGUUUCACGCUGCUCCGUCAUGUCCGUAAGCUCUGUUUUUUUUGCGGUCCUCGCUGGCUAGCUGCUUCAUAAUCUCUCUCGCCGUCCCAGCAAACUCUCACUUGUUUUCUUUCUUUCUUCCUUCAACCACCUCCUCUUAUCCUUCCCCUUUCAUACCAAAGACUUCGUUUUUGCAACCAUUGCCCAUCAUGUCUGGCCCUGUUGCUGAUCUCGGCCUCAUUGGCCUUGCUGUCAUGGGACAGAACCUUAUCCUGAACAUGGCCGACCACGGCUUCACCAUCUGCGCCUUCAACCGAACUGUCUCGAAGGUCGACGCCUUCUUGGAGAACGAGGCCAAGGGCAAGUCCAUUGUCGGCGCCCACAGCGUCGAGGAGUUCGUCUCCAAGCUCAAGUCUCCCCGCCGUGUUAUGCUCCUCGUCCAGGCCGGCCAGGCUGUUGAUGACUGGAUUGAGAAGCUCCUCCCCCUCCUUAGCCCCGGCGAUAUCAUCAUUGACGGUGGCAACUCUCACUUCCCUGACUCUAACCGCCGCACCAAGUACCUUGCCGAGAAGGGCUUCAACUUCGUCGGCUCCGGUGUCUCCGGUGGUGAGGAGGGUGCCCGCUACGGUCCCUCUAUGAUGCCUGGUGGUAAGGAAGAGGCGUGGCCUCACAUCAAGGACAUUUUCCAGAGCAUCGCUGCCAAGUCUGACGGCGAGGCUUGCUGCGAGUGGGUUGGCGACGAGGGUGCUGGUCACUACGUCAAGAUGGUCCACAACGGCAUUGAGUACGGUGACAUGCAGCUCAUCUGCGAGGCCUACGAUAUCAUGAAGCGCGGUCUCGGUCUUUCCAGCAAGGAGAUUGGUGAUGUCUUCGCCAAGUGGAACAAGGGUGUCCUCGACUCCUUCUUGAUUGAAAUCACCCGUGAUAUCAUGUACUACAAUGAUGACGAUGGCACUGCUCUCGUUGAGAAGAUCCUCGACAAGGCUGGCCAGAAGGGUACCGGCAAAUGGACUGCUGUCAACGCUCUUGACCUUGGCAUGCCCGUCACUUUGAUCGCUGAGGCUGUUCUUGCCCGCUGCCUUUCCGGCAUCAAGGAUGAGCGCGCCGUCGCCUCCACCAAGCUUCGCUACGUCAGCCGUGGCUCUGGCAAGUUUGAGGGUGACAAGGAGCAGUUCCUCGACGACCUUGAGCAGGCCCUUUACGCCUCCAAGAUCAUUUCCUACGCCCAGGGCUUCAUGCUCAUGCAGGAGGCCGCCAAGGAGUUCAACUGGAAGCUCAACAAGCCUUCCAUCGCCCUCAUGUGGCGUGGUGGUUGCAUCAUCCGCUCCGUCUUCCUCAAGGACAUCACCGCCGCUUUCCGCAAGGAGCCCGAUCUGGCCAACCUUCUCUUCGACGACUUCUUCAACGAGGCCAUCCAUAAGGCCCAGCCUGGCUGGAGAGACGUUGUCGCCAAGGCUGCUCAGCUUGGUAUCCCUACUCCCGCUUUCUCCACCGCCUUGUCCUGGUUCGACGGUUACCGCACCAAGGACCUCCCCGCCAACCUUCUCCAGGCCCAGCGUGACUACUUCGGUGCCCACACCUUCCGCAUCAAGCCUGAGUUCGCCAACGCCGCCUACCCCGAGGGCAAGGACAUCCACGUCAACUGGACCGGCCGUGGUGGCAACGUCUCUGCCUCUACCUACCAAGCUUAAAGUAUUUUAAACGAAAACAUAUAAUAGUGGGAAAAAGGUGCUGCGCAGGCUGGAUGACUGAGCGGUGCGAAACAAAGUUGUAGUUAAUGGACGUCUUUAGAAUAUGGUCAAUGAAUAUUAGAAAACAAAAUUAUACCUGAG